GCAGCCUGUUUGGUCCUCACGUUUUUUCUGUUAGUUUAAUUUCGCUUCAGGAAACAUCGGAGUGAGUCCGUCAGGCUCACACACAGAUGUCUGCUCCUCCUCCUCCUCCUGAAGAUCUGAUCAAAGAGUGGGAAAGUGAGCAGGCCCGUCUGAGGCAGCAGGUGGUGGAGGAGGACACUGAAGACUGGCAGAUGAGUCCAGACUUCUCGGGCCUGGAGAGAGUUGGUGGAGUGGACCUCUCCUUCAUUAAAGGGGAUGACAUCAACGCCUGUGCCCAGCUUGUGGUGCUCAGCUACCCCGACCUGGAGGUGCUGUAUGAGGACAGUCAGAUGGUGGCCCUGACAGCCCCCUACAUAGCUGGCUUCCUGGCCUUCAGAGAAACCCCCUUCCUCCUGGAGGCUCUGCAGCGGCUACAGAGGAACUGGCCUGGACUUCUCCCUCAGCAGGUGGUGUUUGUGGAUGGGAAUGGACUCUUCCACUACAGAGAGUUCGGCCUGGCGUGUCACCUGGGAGUGCUGUCAGGGCUGCCGUGUGUGGGCGUGGCCAAGAACCUGCUGCAGGUGCAAGGCGUGUACAAGAGUGAGGAGCACCAGUCACAGAUAGCUGCUCUGCAGAAAGGAGGAGACAGCUUCCCACUCACAGCCGCCUCAGGCAAAGUGCUCGGAAAGGCGCUGCGUAGCUCUGACCAGAGCUCUAAGCCGGUGUACGUGUCCGUGGGCCACAAGAUCAGUCUGGACACAGCUGUACGCCUCACACACACCUGCUGCCGCUACCGGGUCCCCGAGCCCAUCAGACAGGCCGACUGUCGCUCCAGAGAAUACCUUCGCAAACACUUCCCAGCUGAAAGUGCGGGAAUCAAAGAAUGAGGUUGCGAAUGAUGCCAGAAAGGACCUCAGGAACGCUGAACACCAGCAGUACAGGAGGCCCCUAAAUCAACUUUCAUGUGCUUUUAAAAGCACAGCUGUUUUAGCCUGGGCCAAGAAGACACCGUCAGAUUAACUGUAUCUUUUUAUGCACGCGCCCCAUAUUUAAAGUGGAUAUGGGUCAGACUGGUUCUUUUUAUAUACUGUUCUCAUUACAUUUUGGGUCACUCAGCUUUUUUACACUGGGAGCCUUGUAAAUAAAUCAUAAAUGUCCCUGAUCUUCUUCAGA